AUGGUCCCUCAAGAGGAGCUGCCUAUUCUCGAAGCGCUCAUUACGAUUCGAAACCGCCUCACUGCGCUCAAGAAGGACACGACCAAGUUCAUCCGCGCGCAAGAUGUCAUGUCCAUCUACAACUCGGUAGUGAAGCAGGUAACCCGCCUGAACGGUAUCCGGGAAGACAACGCCCCCGCCUCUUCCUCGUCCACACCCAACCCCUCUUCCAACGGCGGGCCAAGUACAGGCCCUACCGGCACGUCCACCCAGUCCGAGCCAAACCGGGUGGAUACGGUCCUCGCGGACGUCUUUGCCCUUCUCAGUCUGUUCUUCUUGACUAUUGGGAAGAGCAGGGAGACGCCGGCUAUCUACUGCCAGAUCGCUUCUAUGCGGCAAAUCCUCCUCCACAUGAAUGAGACCGGAGCAUACACCGACCAGCUCAUCAUACCUUUCCGGGAACGCCUGGACGCGCUCAAAGAGAUCCUCAAGAAGGAUAUGGAGUCGGACAAGCAUCCGGAGCCGAUCGUGCGGUUGAUGAUGAAGAAGCUGGACGGUGUGGAACGACAACUCAAUGAGUUGUUCGAUGCGCUAUCGUUCCUCUCGGUCGAGCUUGUACCCAUACAUCAGCGGCUCGUGACGAUCCGGAAAGAGCUGGCGAUGCUCUCGGCCGAACCAAAAGCGAACAAGACGCAGCUCAAGGCGUUAUUGGAGGAGUUGCGGAAGAUUGACGCAAAACGGGUAGAUGGCAAGUUUCUCGGUCCGGGCGGAUCCUCCGUACCCGAGGGUCAAGCCUUACUUUCCGGUCUGCUCGAUACAGGCUUUGAGAUGGCGCAGGAUAUCAAAGCGAGAGAGGCGGAGGAUGAGAUUGCGGUGGGGUUGAGACCGAUAUAUGAUCGAUUGAGCGAGAUGAAGGCUCAACUGGAUCAGCUAUUAUUGACACAUCGAUGGACGUUGAGGGAAACGGAUCUGUACAACUAUUCGAUGUCAUUACGCGAGAUUGACCAGAUGCGGGUGGAUGGGAAAUUUGUUGAUGCGGACGGUCACAAGGCCGAGGGGCAAUAUGCUCUCCUCUUCCUCCUCCGGAGGUGUUUCGGUCUGAUAUAUCGGCUCAUGUCGGAAUCAGAACCCAUAUCCGAGGAACUCAUGCCUAUUGCCAACAAGUUGUCGACAAUAAAGAAGUGCCUAAACGAAGUCCUGAAAUACGGCGGACCCUACUCGCCCCGCGAUCUCUAUCCCUACCAUCUCGCCCUGCACCAAGUCGAUUCACUGAGAAAAGACGGCAAGUUCUGCGCGGACGACGGGAGUAUACCAGAGGGCCAGGCGAUUCUUGUCGCGCAGUUGAGUGAGGCGCAUGAGUUGUUGGAGAUGCUCAAAGAGAGUAUGAGCGAUGAUGAGGAUGAGGAGAGCUCAUAG